CCCCCAGGCCCCGCUGGAGCCCCCAGCCCCCUGCUGGCCCCCCUGCCACUGGCCACCCGACCCCUGCAGCCCCCGCUGGACCUCAAGCACUUUCUGACCUUCCACCUGAGCGGGGCCAGCGCUCUGGGCUUGUUCCCCAACUUCCACACGAUGGACCCGGUCCAGAAAGCCGUGAUCAGCCACACCUUCGGGGCCCCUUCCCCCCUGAAGAAGAAGCUUUUCAUCUCCUGUAAUAUCUGCCACCUGCAGUUCAACUCAGCGAACCAGGCUGAGGCCCAUUACAAGGGCCACAAACACGCCCGCAAGCUCAAGGCCGUCGAAGCUGCCAGGAAGAAGCAGAAGGCACCGGUCCCCACUUGGCGGUCAGAACGAGGCCAGCCCACCACCCUGCCUGCUGCGGUGCCCCCUGGGGAGCAGGCUCCAUCUCCUGCCCCCGCAGGGGUCCCGUGCCCUGCAGCCCAGCUGCCCGUAGUCCCAGCACCCACCCUGGGGGAGCCUCCUGGUCCUUGUGCACCCCUGGGCUCCCCGCAGUCCACCUUCCGUUCCGACGACGCCUCCUCCUCUGCCUCCUCGCUGGGGUCGGGGCCCGAGGCCAAUGGAGUGGAAGCGGGGGCCAGCGUGGCGCCCGCCCUGGCCAGCGGGCAGGAGGCUGAGGGGGUCCGGGCGCAGCUCUACUGCCCCACGUGCAAGGUGACAGUCAACUCUGCCUCGCAGCUCCGAGCACACACCACAGGGGCCAAGCACCGGUGGAUGGCAGAGGGUCAACACGGUCCCCCUCGCCGCGGCCGUGGUAAGCUGCUGCCCCAGGCCAAGCCAGGCGGGACCACGGGCAGCACUCACGGCCUGGCCAGGGUCAAAGUCAAGGCCAAGGCCAAGGUCUUCCACUGCCCUAUUUGCCAGGUCCACGUCAACUCGGAAACGCAGCUCCAGCAGCACAUGAGCAGCCGGAAGCAUCGAGACCACCUGGUGGGGGAGCCCCCCAGAGUCACAUUCAGCCCCUACGGCCGGCUUCAGCGAGAGCCCCCGGCUUCCGGCCUCCAGUCUAAGCUGGCCCUGCAGAAGCAGCUGACCAAGGCCCUGGCCUCACGCUUCCUGCCCGGCCCCCUACCUGCAGCGGCCGCCACUCCCACUCUCUGUGGGCUGCCAGGACCCCUGGCGCUCAGCUCCGCCCCUACGGCCGCCAUCUUCCCGGGCUCAUUGUUGGCACCAGCCCUGUUCCGCCCCCCCAUGGCUGUUGGCCGCACCAGCCCGGGGACACUGGUCUUCACCCCCUACUGACCCCCUUCCCCCUUCCCCCUGGGCAGAGAGCAGGGGUCCCUCUCAUGGCCAGGGACGUGGGUCGAGGGCGGUCUCUGGUGUGCGCGUGAGUGUGUGCGUCUCCCAAGUCAUUCCGGCCGGAGGCAGCGUUUGCCUCCCCUGCCCUGGGUCAAAACUGGAACGACAGGGCAGUGGGGGGUGGCGAGUGAUUGAAUUAUGCCCUCACUCUGCAUCCCCAACCCUCCGUGGCAAACCUGUUUCCCAGCUCCAGAGCCAGGGUGGUCCCUGGGACGUGGCCAGUACCUGCCCCGUGGCACAGGGUGGGGGGGUCUUCAUGGGUGCAAUGUCAAUCUCACAGCUUUGCUGUGUCUAAUUCCGCAAAAUAAAAUCUUAAGUCUGAUGAC